GAGCACAGCAAUUAUGCACAAAGGUCUCUGGUUUUCUACCUCCUCCACUGAAUCGUUUCCACCACAACGAUGGACAGCAUUUGUGUACAUUAAUCCAUUGGUUUAAGCUUAAGGACUAGCCGCCAUGCUUCCCGUGCACUUCAGUCGCAUGAAUGAUCUGCGCGGACAGAGAAAUUCCGCGAAUCGUCAGUUUAUUCUCGCUCGCAAUUACUCCGCGGUCUCCAAGAUUAGAUCUCAGAGUGCCGUCGUUGGUCGGUAUUAAUGCCGCCCUUCAAUCUAUUUCUUAUAUUCCCUUUCGUCCGCCGUUUCUCGUUUGAUUGAAUCCACGUCAUGCCUUUUGACCUUUGCAAGUAUUUAAACUGGCGCAUGUCCGCUCCUCGGAUGAAGACAUAGCUCCAGCGUCGAUCAAUUCCUCAAGCUUCAUAAUUUUCUUGCAACAUCGCAAUCAUGGUGGCAGUAAACUUUCUUCGUCUCGCUGCCAUGUCGCAGGCAGCAAGCGCGGCCACGGUUUACCUUGCCGGUGACUCGACAAUGGCUAAGAACGGUGGUGGAAGUGGAACGGGAACAGAUGGAUGGGGACAAUAUCUCGCCGACUCGUUAUCUAUCCCGGUAGUUAAUAAUGCUAUUGGAGGGCGAUCUGCUCGAAGCUUUACGAGAGAAGGCCGAUUCGAUACAAUCAUCAACACCGUGGUGUCUGGGGACAUCGUCGUCAUCGAGUUUGGCCACAAUGAUGGAGGAAGCUUGUCAACAGACAACGGCCGAACUGAUUGCGGUGGAACAGGAGAUGAGACCUGCCAGACGGUAUACAAUGGUGUUGCGGAGACCGUCUUGACCUUCCCAAGAUACCUCGAGAAUGCCGCCAAUGCCAUCAAAUCCAAGGGUGCUUCUGUGAUAAUAUCGUCUCAGACCCCCAACAACCCUUUUGAGUCGGGCACUUUCGUGUACAGCGGAUCUAGAUUUGUCGGCAUGGCGGCACUAGCAGCCAGCAACGCUGGUGUUGACUACGUCGACCACGGGCAGUACACAGCGAACGCCUUCGAGGCCAGCGGCGCGACAACCGUGAAUUCUUACUUCCCGAAUGACCACACUCACACCAGCAAUGCUGGCGCCCUCGCUGUCGCCGACGCAUUUGUUAGAGGUGUUCUUUGCGGCCAGACCGCUCUUACUGAGUUUGUCACCAACACGAAUGUUGCGGGUAGCUGUGUUUAAGUUGAGCGGCAUUUGUUGCAUCUCGAAGUUUAUGUAUAUGUAUUAAAUUUAGUAUAUAUAUUUGAUGGUGUCCCUUGAAUACCAAAGGGUACUGGCACGCUCACAGCCAGCCACACAUAACUAAGAACAUGGAAACUAUUUUGUGCUA